UCCGUUUAUAUUUACAUCUAACACAAUUUCCCAACUCAUACGGAAUUUAGAUUGAAACCAGAUUGAAAAGCUUAACUAGCCGCAUGUGGACCCCGGGCCUUAAUUUGCCCAGGUCUGGGUUAGAGUGUCCGCCCUGAGAUGGGUAGGUUGUGAGUCAUACUAAAGACGAUAAAAAUGGGAGCCAUUACCUCCCUGCUUGGCACUCAGCAUCAAGGGUUGGAAUUGGAGGUUAAAUCACCUAAAAUGAUUCCCGGGCGCAGCCACCGCUGCUGCUCACUGCUCCCCUCACCUCCCAGGGGAUGGAACAAAAUGAUGGGUCAAAUGCAGAGGACAACUUUCACCACACCUAGUGUGUAUGUGACUAUAAUUGAUACUUUAACAUUUAUUAACGGGAUAAAAUAUGUCAUCUCUACGUGCCGCACAAAAAAAGUCGACCACAAGCCGCCCUUUUUGGGCCUGGGAGCCGCGUUACCAUGGCAACAAGCAGCGGAUCCAGCGUGGCGAUAACAAAUUGUUGAGGGUAGCGUAGCAACAUGGUCUCGCCGCUGACACCUGUUGACCCCCGGCGUCAGGGGUCAACGGGCCUCCCGGCGAGGAGCAACCCGGUUUGACCCAAAUCCGUUGCGGCUCCGCCUCCGCCCGGUCGGCCUUUCUGUCCUCUUUUUCCUCUCCAUCUCUCCCACGCCGCUACUCCCCGCGCGUCCCUCCCCCAACUCUUGGGAAGAUGUGCGCAUGUCGCCGAUGAGUCAGUUUGUGGAGGCAGCGUGAUAGUGUGUGUGUGUGUGUGUGUGUGUGUGUGUGUGUGUGUGUGUGUGUGUGUGUGUGUGUGUGUGUGUGUGUGUCUCCCACAAAGGCAUCUGCUUCCGCCUGUCAGCCAGACGCAGCAGAGAGGGGAGGGGGAGGACGGUCGCAGAAGAUGCUGCCGCAGCUCCUCGUCUCCGCCUGACCUGUGAGGGACUCGGGAUGCACGGCCACGCUUAAGGGCGGCGGCGGCGGCGCAGGGGAGCGCGCACGUGCGGCGAAGCCAUGGCGAGCGCCCGGCCGGGGGUGCACGCCUUGAAGCUCCAACCUCCCGCGGUGUCUUGCACGCUGAAGAGCGGCAGCAACUUCAUCAAAUGGGACGAGGAUCUCUCCACUGUGACGCCGGUGACUCUUCACGUGGAUCCUCAUGGACUCUAUCUGUACUGGACCGACCAGAACAAGGAGACGGAGUUGUUGGACUUGGCGCACGUGAAAGAUGUCCGGACAGGCAGAAGCACCAAAACCCCAAAGGAGGCCAAGCUGAGGGAGCUGCUGGACGUGGGCAACCUGGUGGGUCGCCUGGAGAACCGUAUGGUUACCGUGGUGACGGCCUCCGACAUCGUCAACGUGGGCCAGCUGAACUUCAUCGCAGCGCAGGAAGAGGAAGCCAAGGUGUGGUGUGAGGAACUUUUCUGUCUGGCCUCCAACCUGCUGAGCCACAACCUCAACAGAGACCACAGUCUGCUUAAAGCAUACGUCAAGUUGACUCUGCAGCCCAACGCCGAGGGCAGGAUCCCCGUCAAGAACAUCGUUCGGUUGUUUUCCCUGGACAGAAAGCGGGUGGAGAGCGCCCUGGAAAGCUGCCACCUACCUUAUGGACGGGGUGACGGCAUCAGACUGGAGGACUUCACCCUGGAGGUCUACAGGAGCUUCCUGGACCACUUGUGUCCUCGCCCCGAGCUCGGCAGCAUCUUCAAACUGCAGGGGGGCGACGGCGAUGGCGGCAUGUCUGUGGAGCAGAUGACGGACUUCAUCAACAACAAGCAGAGAGACCCCAGACUCAACGAGAUCCUCUACCCGCCUCUGCGAACAGCCCAGACCCAAACACUGCUGGAUCGACACCAGCAGGACAAGGCGCUGUUGGAGCGGGGUGUCAUCACCAUGCAGGCCUUCUCCAGUUACCUGUCCAGCGAUGAGAACGGCGUCAUCCCGCCGGACAAACUGGACCAGUCGGAAGACAUGAGCUUCCCUCUGUCUCACUACUUCAUUAACUCCUCCCACAACACUUACCUGACAGCGGGUCAGCUGGCGGGAAGUUCCUCGGUGGAAAUGUACCGGCAGGUCCUGCUGGCCGGGUGUCGCUGCGUGGAGUUGGACGUGUGGAAGGGAAGGACCGCCGAGGAGGAGCCCGUCAUCACGCACGGAUUCACCAUGACUUCGGAGAUCUGCUUCAAGGAAGUGAUAGAGGCCAUCGCAGAGUGCGCCUUUAAGACGUCGCCUUUCCCAGUCAUCUUGUCUUUCGAGAAUCACGUCGACUCGUUGAAGCAGCAAGCUAAGAUGGCCGAAUAUUGUCGAUCAAUCUUUGGGGAGGCGCUACUGAUUGACCCACUGGACAAAUACCCUCUGGAGUCGGGCGUGCCGCUGCCAAGUCCUCAGGAGCUGAUGGGCAAAAUCCUCAUCAAGAACAAAAAGUCGCACAAAGCCUCCAAUGGCGCCGACACCAAGAGGCUGACGGAGCUGCCGGCCAAUCAGGGCCCUGAAUCGCCGUCUCCUAGCAACAACACAGGAGCAGACAUGGACGCCGAGAGCGAGGAGGAGGACGACGACGAAGACGACGACGGCAAAAAGGGCUCAGCGGAGCGUGAGGCCGUGGCCACGGAGGAGAUGUCUACUCUGGUGAACUACGUGCAGCCCACCAAGUUCAACUCCUUCGAAGCCUCCAAGAAGGCGGCCCGCUGUUACCACAUGUCGUCCUUCGUGGAGACCAAAGCUCUGGAGCACCUCACCAAGUCACCGGUGGAGUUUGUCGAGUACAACAAGUCCCAGCUCAGUCGCAUUUACCCGAAAGGCACCAGAGUGGACUCGUCCAACUUCAUGCCUCAACUCUUCUGGAACGCCGGCUGCCAGCUGGUGGCGCUCAACUACCAAACCAUAGAUCUCUCCAUGCAGCUCAACCUCUUCAUGUUCGAGUACAACGGACGCAGCGGCUACAGGCUGAAGCCGGAGUUCAUGCGGCGGCCCGACAAACACUUCGACCCCUUCACGGAGAACACGGUGGACGGCAUCGUGGCCAACACCCUCUCGGUCAAGGUGAUCUCGGGCCAGUUCCUGAGCGAGCGGCGUGUGGGCGUGUACGUGGAGGUGGAGAUGUUCGGCCUCCCCGCGGACACCAGGAGGAAGGCUCUGAAGACCAGGACCUCGCAGAACAACAACGCCGUCAACCCCGUGUGGGACGAGGAGCCCGUCAUCUUCAAGAAGGUCAUCCUCCCCACCCUCGCCGCGCUGAGGAUCGCCGCCUUCGAGGAAGGAGGGAAGUUCAUCGGCCAUCGCAUUAUUCCCGUGUCAGCCGUAAGACCUGGUUAUCGCUACAUCGGCCUGAGGAAUGAGAAAAACCAGUCUCUGAUUCUGCCCGCCGUAUUCGUCUACAUUGAAGUCAAAGACUACGUUCCUGACACCUUUGCAGAUGUGAUCGAGGCUCUGUCCAACCCCAUUCGAUACGUCAACCUGCUGGAGCAGCGGUCCAAACAGUUGGCGGCGCUGACGCUGGAGGACGGCGAGGACGACGCACAGACCGAGGACGAAGCCGACAGCGGCGUAGACCGCAAGAACGAUCCCAAGUCGACGUUGGUGGAGAAUGGACUCAGCCCCGCCCCUGGCCCCACCGGCCAUGCCCCCCUAGCUGCAACGCCUAAGCGCUCUGCGGCCAAUCAGCAAGCAGCGAGCACAGAUGCAGCCAAGCCGGCGGCGAAGACGGAGGAUUUGGUUUUGAGUGUUUUGAUAGACGUGCCGGCGUGCUCGCUGGCCGGCCUGCAGCAGUCCAAAGUCUACCAGAAGGAGCAGAGGCGGCAGUUCAAGGAGCUGAAGGAGCUGGUGAGGAAGCACCAAAAGAAGACCUCGGAGCUGCUGAGGGACGUCAACACCAAGUACAAGAAGACGUCCCGGCAGCGCAGCAAGAGCAGGGCGGCGGUGUCCGAGGGCGAGCGCGACGAGCGCCUCCAGACGCUGAGGGAGGAGCAGCAGCAGCAGCUGGUGGCGCUGAGGCAGGAACAGUACUACAGCCAGAAGUACCUGCAGAGGGAGCACAUCAAGACGCUGACGGAGCGACUGAGCUCUCUGGCCGAGGAGAACCACGGCACGCAGAUGAAGAAGCUCAAAGACGUCUGCUGCAAGGAGAAGAAGGAGCUGAAGAGGCAGAUGGAUCGGAGGAGGACGGAGAAGAUCAACCUGGCCAAGACCAAGGAGAAACAUCUGGCAGAAGAAGAGAAGAUGGAGAUCAACAAGUCGUACGUCAAUGAAGUGGUGCACAACAUCAAGAGGUUGGAGGAGACUCAGGCCAAGCGUCACGAUCAGAUGGUGGAGCAACACAACCUUCUCAUGCAGGAGAUACAGGAGCACAGACCAAAGCUGCACGCCGCCAUCGAGGCCGAGUUCGAGGAGAAGUUCCAGCGUUUGCCGGGUGAGAUCGAAGACUUCCUGCGGGACGGGAGGUCAGAGGUCAGAAGUGGGAGCAAGUCUCGGCCGUCGACCCCGACCGACGUCUUGUCCGAGGACGACUGAGGAAGGAAGUGUCCCAACAGGAAGUUACACAGGAAGUAGACACAGCAACAGGAAGUUACACAGGAAAUAGACACUGCAACAGAAAGUUACACAGAAUGUAGAAACUAUGACAGGAAGUUACAUAGGCAGUAAACACUGAAAAAAGGAAGUUACCCAGGAAGUAAACACUGAAACAGCAAGUUACACAGGAAGUAAACACUGAAACAGGAAUUUAUACAGGAAGUAAACACUGAAACAGGAAGUAAACACUGAAACAGCAAAUUACACAGAAAGUGAAAAAUGAAAUAGGAAGUUACACAGGACGUAAACACUGAAACAGGAAGUUAUACAUGAAAUAAACACUGAAACAGGAAGUAAACACUGAAACAGGAAGUUAUACAUGAAAUAAACACUGAAACAGGAAGUUAUACAUGAAAUAAACACUGAAACAGCAAGUAAACACUGAAACAGCAAGUUACACAGGAAGUAAACUCUGAAACAAGAAGUUACACAGGAAACAAACACUGAAACAGAAAGUAAACCCUGAAACAGGAAGUAAACACUGAAACAGAAAGUAAACACUGAAACCAGAAGUUACACAGGAAGUAGACACUGAAACAGGAAGUAGACACUGAAACAGGAAGUUACACAGGAAGUAAACACUGAAACAGCAAGUUACACAGGAUGUAAAACACUUGAACAGGAAGUCACGCAAGAAGUAAACCCUGAAACAGGAAUUUACAGAGGAAGUAAACACUGAAGCAGGAAGUUACACAGGAAGUAGACACUAAAACAGCUAGUUACAAUGGAUGUAAACACUGAAACAGGAAGGUACAUACGAAUUAAACACUGAAAUAGGAAGUUACAGAGGAAGUAAACACUGAAGCAGGAAGUUACACAGGAAGUAGACACUAAAACAGCUAGUUACAAUGGAUGUAAACACUGAAACAGAAAGUUACACACAAAUUAAACACUGAAACAGGAAGUUACACUGGAAGUAAACACUGAAACAGGAAGUAAACACUGAAACCGGAAGUUAAACAGGAAAUUAACACUGAAACAGGAAGUUACACACGAAUUAAACACUGAAAAGGGAAGUCACACAGGAAGUAAACACUGAAACAGGGAGUAAACACUGAAACAGGAAGUUAAACAGGAAGUAAACACUGAAACAGGAAGUUAUACACAAAUUAAGUCACGCAAGAAGUAAACCCUGAAACAGGAAUUUACAGAGGAAGUAAACACUGAAGCAGGAAGUUACACACAAAUUAAACACUGAAAAGGGAAGUUACGCAGGAAGUAAACACUGAAACAGGAAGUAAACACUGAAACAGGAAGUUAAGCAGGAAGUAAACACUGAAACAGGAAGUUACACACAAAUUAAACACUGAAACAGGAAGUUACACUGGAAGUAAACACUGAAACAGGAAGUAAAAACUGAAACAGGAAGUUAACACUGAAACAGGAAGUUACACACGAAUUAAACACUGAAACAGGAAGUUACAUAGUAAGUAACACUGAAACAGGAAGUAAACACUGAAACAGGAAGUUAAACAGGAAGUUAACACUGAAACAGGAAGUUACACAGGAAGUAAACACUGAAACAGGAAGUAAACACUGAAACAGGAAGUUAAACAGGAAGUAAACACUGAAACAGGAAGUUACACUGGAAGAAAACACUGAAACAGGAAUUUACAGAGAAAGUUAACACUUAAACAGGAAGUUUCACAGGAAGUAAUGACUGCAUCAGGAAGUAGACGCUGCCACGGAUGAGUUGAGACUGUUAUCGAUGAAGAACAGAACACGUUAGAUUUCAUCAAGCAUGCACUCUGACGUACCGCAACAUUUAUUACGUUCAUUUGCUUGUUUGACUUCUAAUCCAACCAUUCUCAUGUAGCAUGCUAGCCAACGUUAGCUGCUGUUAUUAGCCCGUUUUGUUGUCUUAUUAAUAGAACUUUCUUGCAUAUUGAACUUUUCAGCCUUCCUACUUCCAAACAAUAUUUAAUUUUUUUCUUCACUAAAAGCCUACAAAAUGGACCUUUGACAUGGAGGACCAAAUGGGACAAAAUUAAAUAAAUACACCGGUCUUUAAAUGUGUCAUUAAUGAACUAUUAGUGGAAUUAAAUACAUGAAUGUGUCAUUUAUUUAGUGUAAAAGUACAUUUCAUUAUUUCAACAAUUCAAAAUGUUAUUUAUUUUUAAAUUAUUCAAUAUUUAAUUAAUUUAAUAUUAAUUAGUUAAAUACUUUUGAAUGCAAUUAUCUGUUCCCUGAUUUUGUGGUUUUACAGGUUAAUUAUUUAUUUAAUGACUUAAUGGUGUAUUUAAUAAUUUGAUAAAGGUGUGUGUCAGUAGGCGGGUCCGAACGCCUGAUUGAUUACCCUGCACUUCCACUUGUGACCAGAAGAGGAGCCCUGGUCGAUAUCUUGGUGGGGAAGUGUAGAAAUAACUCAGACAACUGUAAUAAGUUCCUCUACUUUCAAAAGUAGGAGUAUACAGUAGCCAUGCUUGCAAGGACGUCCAAAUCAUUGGACGAGAUAACUGUUAGCCCCGCCCACUGACUUUAACAGCUCAAAUACAUUCAUGAAGCACUGACACGCAUAAUUAAAUCUUGAAAUAAUUAAUUACAUUGGAAAAUAAUGAAAUCAAUAAAUAUCUAAAUGUUACAAACGCAGCUGAUAUAGGCUCCAGCACCCCCCGCGACCCCAAAAGGGACAAGCGGUAGAAAAUGGAUGGAUGGAUGGGUUAUUACCUAAAUGCUACAUUUUAAAUCUAAAUGGUUGACUAAAUAUAAAUUACUCAACAUAAAUUUCAAUAUUAAAUCCAAAAGUUAUAUCAAAGUCAAAAUGUAAACGUUUAGAUCCAGUUCAAUGGUCAACAAUCACGCUUAAUUGACGACACAUUUAAGUAAUCAUUCAAUGUCCGCCCUGAGAUGGGUGGGUCGUGAGUUCAAACCCCGGCUGAGUCAUACCAAAGACUAUAAAAAAAUGGGACCCGUUACCUCUCUGCUUGGCACGCAGCAUCAAGGGUUGGAAUUGGGGGUUAAAUCACCAGAACUGAUUCCCGGGCGUGACCAGCGCUGCUGCUCACUGCUCCCCUCACCUCCCAGGGGUGAUCAAGGGUGAUGGGUCAAAUGCAGAACACAAAUUUCACCACACAUAGUGUGUGUGUGACAAUCAUUAAGAAAGAAAAGAAAAUGUUAUAUCUAAAUCCAUCCAUCCAUUUCUACCGCUUGUCCCAUUUGGGGUUGCGGGGGGGUCGCUGGAGCCUAUCUUGGCUGCAUUCGGGCGGAAGGUGGAGUACAUCCUGGACAAGUAGCCACCCCCUCGCAGUAUAUCUAAAUCAAAAUGUGAAAUUUUGAAUCCAGUCUAAUGAUCAGUAAGUAUCUAAAUCAGGGGUCUCAGACACGCGACCCGCGGGCCAAUUGCGGCCCGACAGACGUUAUUUUGCGGCCCCCACCUUAAUCUGAGAGUCUAAUGUUAGUGCGCCCCGCGAGUUUUAUAUGAAUGGCGUUUGACAGCGUUGUGUGAUUUGGGUCCAAAACCCGCGAGUUUUAUAUGAAUGGCGUUUGACAGCGUUGUGUGAUUUGGGUCCAAAACCCGCGAGUUUUAUAUGAAUGGCGUUUGACAGCGUUGUGUGAUUUGGGUCCAAAAUGGCUCUUUCAACGUUCUUGGUUGCCUACCCCCGCGUUAGUGGAAAAGCGGCAAAUGAGUGAAAGCGACAGAGACGUUGCCAUGGAGACAAGGGUUUUCUAACGUGCCUGGCUGCAGUCACACCGCGACACCUGUCCAUCAAUAAUAACAGUCCCCCGAUAACCUUGACCAAUUCAAACCGAUAUUUGUUAUUUGUUUUUGUUUUUAUUUGCAAUGCCUCACAUUUCUUGAUUCUCAUUUUGUUCAUUUAUAUUUUGAUUUGAUUUUUGUGUUGAAAAUAAAAAUAAAGACAUAUAAAAAUAUUUUUUUAAAGAAAUCUUUUCUUGCGGCCGGGCCUCACCCAGAAUCUGCAUCCAGUGGCCCCCAGGCAAAUUGAGUUUGAGACCCCUGAUCUAAAUAUUAUCAACUAAAUUUAAAUGUUAAAUACAAAUAUAAAUGUGAAGUUUCAAAUUUAAAUGUUGACCUAAUCUUGCCAUGAUCCGCAACUCGGAUCAUGACAUAUUCUGCUUUUGUUCUGUUUGUAUAUCACAUCCUGUUUGGUUUUUGUCUUCCUUAGUUCCUGGUGGCACUUCCUGUUUGUUUCCGUUGCCAUAGCCACGCGUUAGUUUCACCUGCAUCUUGUUUGUCACGCACACCUGCUCUGUGAUUAUCUCCUUUAUUUAAGCCUGCCCUUUUUGUUCAUUCGCUCUCGCAGUCUAGUUUGCUGUCCGAUGCAACAGGUGACGUCACUAUCCCCGAUUGUGGUAAAAAACUUUUUGUAUUUGUUAGUUUCCACGCUAUUCCUCUGUUUGUUUCCCUUUUAGUUCCUUCUAGCUCCCAUGCUAGUUCUCUUUUUUUCGUCUUUAGUGCCUUGUGCAAAUGUUUUCUGUUCGUAGUCUGUUUUUGUAGUGUUAAAUAAAUCAUCAUUCCUGCCUUCACGCAGUGUCCAUAUCCGACUGCUUCCUCGAGAGAACAAACCCGCACCACAAUGCCAGCCGAGCGUCACAAAUAUGAACAAACGUUCAACUCUAGAUCCAAAUCUAACAUUUUAAAUCCAGUUAAAUGAUCAAUAAAUAAAUGAUUAAAUAAAAAAUAGACUUUGAAGAAUACAUUUAUGAAUUGUUGACCUAUAUGUUCAUGAAAGGAUGAAAUAUUUAUAAUUAAUUAUUAAGUAAUACAUGUAUUGAAUAAUUACAUGUACUUUUUCAUUAAAUACAUUUUUGACACAUUCAUGCAUUUAAUUCCAAUCAUGAAUAAUUACCGACACAUUUCCAUUUGAUCUCAUAUUUAAUUUUGUCCCAUGAGAGGAUCCAUACUUGGCGUGGUUGGCGCACGGUUGCUUUGGAGAACUCAGCCUUGCCUCUUCGUUAACGAUCAUUUGGUCAAGAGAGUUCCAGGUUGGGAAUGACUGCGGACAGUUUAAAGAGGUCCUCUCCUCCUCCAUGGACAAGGGGAGGAGAAUGCAGAUUUCACCUUCUCUAAACUGGACGCAUUGACUGAGAUAAACGUGGCUCUUUUUUUUUAACGACGUCCCUAAUGCAUGGAGUGACUUUAACGAUGCACUUUGGUGUGGUUUUCUUUACUUUCCAACAAGGUUUUUCCAAAAAAUAAUGGUUAUUUCGACUGUUAGCCUCACGAUUAAAACGUGGUUUUGACUUCCAAAAAACUGCUGACGGGAGUGGUCUCACUGGUAGCAGCCGGAAGGGUCUCUCUCUGCAUGGUGUGUUUGCGCAAAGCACUUAUUCCCCCUUUUUUUGUUUUUGUAAGGAAAAGAGCUCUUUGUAUGUCGUGACCUGAGCUGCGUUCAGCGAGCAAGUUUUGCAGGGAAAUUUUUUCAACUGUGGGGACAUAUUCACCGCUCACGUCCAGGUAACGUCAUUGAAAAGACCCUUUGUCCACUGCACUGAGCAUGCUUUUGUUUUGUGGAAGACCACUCAGAGCACUAUUAAAAUGUUUGGAUUGGGAAAAAAAAUGGGUUUCCAUAUUCCUUUGAUUUCAUAUUGUGGAAUUAUCAUUUUUAAUUAGACAUUCUUUGUAAAUAUCUGUCAAAGAUAAUUGUGUUUAUAUAGCCCUUAAUCACAAAUGUCUCAGAAGGCCUCACCAACCAACAACAUCAACUGACCUCAAUGUUGAAUAAUAAUGAUAAAUGGGUUGUACUCGUAUAGCGCUUUUCUACCUUCAAGGUACUCAAAGCGCUUUGACACUACUUCCACAUUUACCCAUUCACGACGAGUUGAGUUUAUACCAAAAAGUUGUAUUUUGGUUUCGUCUGACCACAUGACAUUCUCCCAAUCCUCUGCUGUAUCAUCCAUUUAUCCAUUUUGGUAAAAACUCAACUCGUCGUGUUUGGAGGAAGAAGAAUACUGAGUUGUAUCCCAAGAACACCACACUUACUGUAAAGCAUGGGGGUGGAAACAUCAUGCUUUGGGGCUGUUUUUCUGCUAAGGGGACAGGACAAUUUAUCUGUGUUAAGGAAAGAAUGAAUGGGGCCAUGUAUCGUGAGAUUUUGAGCCAAAACCUCCUUUCAUCAGUGAGAUAUUUGAAUGGUUGACCAAAUACUUAUUUUCCACCAUAAUUUACAAAUAAAUUCUUAAAAAUUCCUACAA